UGUUUCCUGUGUCUAUCUCUACCUCCCUUUCCGUGUCCUUGAGCGUCCUCAUUCUGACCCGGUUUUCGUCGUGCAUAUGCUACCAGCCAGUGGAACUCGUGUCACGCAGCAAGCAAGCAAACAAGCAGCAGUUGUUGUAGCUUCUUACACAAAUGUUAACUUGUUCUUUCAGCAGUUGUGGGGGGCAAAAUGUACUGUCCUUAGUUUUUAUACUUCCAUCAUUGAUGGUUUCAGGUGGAGUUUUUGGUAUUCAUAAAGCAAGCAACUCUGCAAUUUGAAUCCUCUCCGUUAGGAAAAUGUAUAAUUGGAAUAAAUGGAGUCUUUUUUUUCCCUUUUUUUUUUUCUCUCCUCUCCCCUCAAACACCCGCCUCUGUUUUUAAGUGAGAUAAUACAGCAGAUCUUAAAUAAAGGAUGGUACAAUUGAAAUUCAAAGCAGACAUCCAUCCGUUUUCUAUUGCGUCUUAUCCUGUUCCGGUUCGCAAGUGAGCUGGAGUUGACUUCGGACUACUCUGUGGACUGGUUGCCAGGCAAUCGUAGCGCAAAACCAUGCCCUCUCACUUUCACACCAUCAUUAAGUGGCACGGGAACUGCUCCACCAUCGGUGACUCCAAAGUAUAGAUUCCUUCUUAAAUUGUCAACAUUCUAAACAACAGUUUCAUUAACUACUAGUGAGGUAAAGCCGAGUGUAGUAAGGAAAACCGGGUUAAAAACUUGACAACAUACGGUGCACCUUUGAAUCACCCUAAAAUAGAAGUCCGUAGGUUCAUCGUUUUGUUUCAAAAUGCUUUCAAUACCACGUAUAAUGAUGGAUAGCAUAAAACACAUUUUGUUCGAUAAGUGACCUGCCACAAUUCUCAUCAGAUCCUGCACGAGCACGGACCCGUAAUAAGCGGAUGUAGUUACUUUUAUUAUCGGAGAGGAUACUUUUAUUUUCAAGGUAGCACCGGAAGUGACAUCCGCUUUUCCAGUCUCGAACUUAUCUCAUCACAGGGUAGAUUCGGAGACAGGUUGAUCGAAGUUGCACCGCUUUGGACGGACAAAGAUGAGGCGGUGAAAUACUUACACACUUCAAAAUUCACCUCACGUCUAUGCCGUCUAGGUUUUUUUUUUUUUUUUUUUUUUUAAAUCGCGACUACUGUUAAAAUGACGACCACGACGACAUAUCAAGGGAUGGAGCCCGGUGCGAAGAACAGCUCCAGGGUUCUGCGUCCUCCCGGCGGUGCCUCCAACAUCUCAUUCGGCGCCGACGAGGACAAACCACCCGUCCGCAAAGACAAGAUGGCCUCCAGCGUUUUCGCUGAGCCGGAAGACCCCUACGCCAACAGAAGGAACAACCCGCCAGGCGGAAAGCCGACGGGGGUCCUGUGCGGUGAGUCGUCAGCCCCCCUUAGGAGAGGAGCCACCAACGCCGCAAACUCGGCAGACGCUCCCUCAAUGGAUGGAGACACGCCCGUAUGCGACAAUGGCAGUGACGCCGCUGAGGCAGCAGCAGCUCCCGAGCGUCAGGAUGUCGCCCCUCCAGCUGAAGAUCCGGCAGCGGGACCACCCUCUGGACGCAGGAAUCCGCCAGGAGGAAAGUCCAGCCUCAUUCUGGGUUGAAUCGUGGCCAAACUAACCCCACCGCCCUCCUCCUUUCCCCCACGCAUCUCAAACUGGGAUGGUACCUUGAACGUCCCCUCUGAUGUCUCCCUAGUGCCGGUCCUCCUCCACAUCUCAAGUGCAUUGUUUUGAUACCUCCUUGUCGGAACCAUUUUUGUACUGUUGUUAUUUAUUUUUUGACAGAAGCACUUUAUGUCUUUGCAAGUCAGCCGUUUGGUCCUUAUCUUCACCCGCAGAGAAGCCCGCAAGGAUCCCCGUCCCCGCCAUCAACGUACGGUAAUUCACCCCUCAUUUCUUUCCAAUGUCACGGCACAAACUGCAGGCGACGAUGCGAACAUCAACAGAAAGCUGUCACUUUUGAAUUUUGAUUUCAACCACCUUGCAUGCACCUUUUGGUCCUGAAUCACAAGUGAUGAGAAACUUACUGUGAAAACUUUAAAAAAAACAAUAUUUUUACCUUUUUCUGUGGUGGAAACAUGUUGUUUGUUAUUGUGACUGCAUGGACAUUUGAACCUUUCUACUGGUUAUGGUAUUUAAAAAUAAUAAUAAUCCACACAGGAAGAACAUCAAUGAUCGCCGGUAUUCCGAAUCCUGCCUUUUUGAAUUGUAGUGGCUAACCAUUUGAUGUUUUACCGCUCAUGUUCACUCUGAAGCUAAGUGUGCCUCCUUUUUGCGUUUCAAACUCUGUCAAGGCUGGAUUGUCUGGACACGUGUAAAGCAGCGACACGCUGUCCUUUACAUUGCAAGCCAGCAGAAUGUGGUUGGGCCUGAUGUUAAACAACCUGUCCUGCAUUUGACAAGUGACCUUAUGCCACAGCUCAGCCUUUGUUUCUUCUCUAGAUGUUUAUGUUCAUUGUGUCACUGCUUCUAUGGGCAAAAUAGACAUCCAACUGUCAUUACAACUACUACCUGUGGCAUCGUGUACUGUUUUUUUGUUAUGUUUGUUUUUUUAUUUUUUUUUCGUCCUCAUGCUGGAUGUUAAGUCGCUUGCAGACGUAUGAAUUGAAGAAAUGGCACAAGUGGAAAAUCAACAUUAAAAAUCAAUUUAGACCAUGA